GGCUGCGGCGCUGGCGGGACGGAGGUCCCGGUCCCUGUGCAGGGCUGUGAGCGACGGUCCCGGGGCGGGGACAACACGCCCGGCCCCUUUGUAGAAACCUGAGGCAGCAGCGCGCACCGAGGCAGAGGGAAGGGCUCCUGCGAGGGGAGCCGGAGCAGCGGGGAUAGCCUGGUAGAAUUAGAUGGCCGCCUGCGUAUCCCGGAUGGAGCUGUCUGUGGCCUGCCGGAGCCUCCUCCACGGGAACUUGAGCUCCAGGUCGGACCCCCUCUGCGUCCUGCUGCGGGACGCGGGCGAUGGCCGCUAGGCUGAGCUAGAUCGCACAGAAAAGUUCAAGAACUGCCAAGACCCUGAAUUCUGCGGUUGUGAAAGAAAGAAGCUGGUUGUGGACUACUACUUUGAGAAAGUGUGGAAACUGAAAUUCAGCGUGUAUGAUAUUGAUAGCAAGUCCUUUGAUUUAAAUGAUGAUUACUACCUGGGAGGGAUUGAGUGCACACUGGGACAGCUCAGCGUUCACCUGACUGCUGGAAUUGAAGCAGGGAAAGCCAACAGGAAAGGGCACUAUUACGAGAUUUCAUUAGGUACCAGGGUUGUAUACCUGCAAAUUGAAGCCCAAAACUUGGACAAAAAGGAUUUCUUAGGUAAAUUUGAUCCAGUUCUGGAGUUUGACAAGCAGAGCGAUGCUGGAGCAUGGCAGCUUGUGUACAGAUCAGAGGUAGAGAAGCAGGAACUUCUUAUAAUAUGAGGGGAGCUGGACUGGACAAACGCAGAUCGAGCUAAUGUGGUUAAAGCUACGUUCUCCAUUUAUUAGUGAGAAGAUGGCAGUUUAUAUACACUUCCUGUGUAUAUAACUAUAUGUUUACAAUUUACAAAGGCACUCUCAUUGGCAAGCUAACAUUGUUUACCUUUGCCUUAAGGUGGUCAGGCUUUUCACACUGCAGCUCUAUCCUAAUUCACACUCAGAUAGCUCAUUACUUUGUGGUUACCUUAACAUAAUUUCUAAGUGCGCUACAACUAAUUUCUUACUACGCAAAAGGCUUUCAGGGCCUCACAAGGCCCAUAUCUGAGGCCUAGGCUGGAGUAGCUCAAAUCUCAUAACAGACAUAAAUCAUGCCCUCUCUCUCUCAGAAAUUCUGCAACAAGGUAGAAUUUCCGCACAAUGUUUUCCUUGAGUUGGUCAGACAGCUUAUUCUUACUCAAAGUGAGAGUCCCACUCCUACUCAUGCUUUGCACCAGUUUUUCAGAGAAAGUAUCCUAUAAAAAGGUAUUCUGCUCACUAUGGCUGCAGCAAAUUGUUUAUUUGCUGCCUGGUGACUGGAUGGAGCUACCUGAGUAAGGAGUCUGAUCACAGGCAGCAAGUGAGAAGAGGGUCUCUCUUUCUUCUCAAUGGUGUUGAGCUUGGCUGUAAAAUUUAACUUCACUGAGAGCAUCAAGCUUUUAUUUCUUGCAGAGCUGUUGCUUGGCCAUUGAUAGGUGCCAGGGUUGAACUGGUUGAGGCUUAACUUGAGGUUCUUAGCUUGCCAUGAAGAGCCCCCUUGUCAUCAUUCCUAGUGAGUUGCAUGCUGUAUUCCUCAUGUGACAUUAUGCUGUCAUGUUUUUAAGGUCAUCAAGAACAAUUUAAAUCCAUGCUGGAGGAAGUUCAGUUGUUUCCUUGCAGACUUUCUGUGGUAGAGAUUUUAAUAAACCUGUCAAGGUACAGCCUUUAGAAAUUCUCUUUGUUGUUCCAAGUCAUCCAUUUUCUGUUGAUGCUAACUAUGAGUUAUCAGGUUGUCUAGUCAUAUUUAAGUUAUUAGAUUGCCCUUCUAGAAUUGUAGUGCGGCAGAUAAGUGAUUAUAUGUCUGUCUUAAAAUAUUACGAGUUGUCAGAUUGAGAAGUCAGCAAAUGCAGAAGUGACACAAUUUCCAGUGGUUAGGCAUAAGGAGAAUUGUAACUGUUUUUUUCAGUAUUCUGGCCAGGGUUUCAAGUUGAGCUUUGGUGGUGAUGUCUUCUUUGAUUGGGUGGUUGGUUGGUUUGGGUUUUUUUCAUUGUGGCUUUCUAGCACUGUUUCGAAGUUAACUGAGAAACUUGCAGAUGUCAGACAAACUUAAGUGCCUUGGGAUACUAACACAGAGAGGACUUUGAGGUAUCUUGUCAGAUUUAUCCACUCAAGAGACUGGAAGGUUUUCCCAACUUUUUUUCUAUUUGUUUCAAAUAGAAAUUUAGUUUUGAGUCAGAACUGCAUUUCCCUGUAUAUUAUAACUAAUUCUCUGUGGCCCUGGCUUGUGGAGGUGUAGCAGAACAACUACAUCUUUUAAUGUGUUUCUACAAAAGAAAAUCUGAUAGCAACUUAACAUGUUAAUUUUUCUUCUAAGCAAUACAUUGAUAAUUUAAAGGCAUUUUAAUCCAUAGAUUGUUCUGCAUGAGUAUUAAUUUCUAUCUACUUUUCUAACACCUAAAUGCUUCACAUUUGCAGAAUUUUACUUCUUCAUCCUCUGAAGAAAUCUCAUGCUGAAAGUUUGAUUUGGAAGAUUUAGCAAAAUGCAUGCGUGCUAAUGUUAUUCUUUGUGCGGUAUGGUAGUUCCUAAUAAUUAUUGAGAUUAUUAACCUGGAAAUAGGUGUUCAGGUGUUGUCUUGGCUUACAAGACAAGUGUCUGCCAAGGAAGGUGGGAACCAUCCUGGGAUGGAAAAUAUGACCCACUUCCCUCCAAAUUAUUGUAACUUUGAAAUCACAGGGCUUUCAGGCAAAGAUACGGGCAAAGGAAUAGCAGUUCGUUCCUAGCGUGUGUGUGCAUAGCCAGGCAAACAAACACCAAGCCCGGCAGCGACAGCGAGCAGAGGCAGAGACCCGGCGCCAGCCUUCUCCCGGCUCAGCCCCUUCCCCUGCGGCGCAGUUCCGGGCACAGCCAGCAGGGGCGCCGCUGGCUGCCGGCCGGGCAGGGCGGGGCGAUGAUUCCCCCGCGGCUGCAGGGGGCGCUGUGGCGCAGCUCGGCCGCCUCUCUGCGCACGGCAAUGGCGGCGGGCUGGCGGAAGGGAUGGAGAAGGGGCUUCCUUUGCAAACUCACAGGAAGCAGCCAGUCCCUGCAGGUGUCUGCCACUCUGGGUGGCAAGCUGGACUGUAGCAGGAACCUCAGAACAGCAGGCUGGAACAGCAGAGGUGAGCAGACCCCUGUGUAACUCCCUGUGACAAACAAAGUGUAGCAAAAAGCCUGAAGCUGUGGCAGAAGCAAUGGGGGUACCGCAGUGGCAGCCAGGAUCCCACAAGCAGCUG